UCGAUAAAGGAAUAGAUUGUUGAAUAGCUAAUACUGCUGAAAAAAGCUAAUACCGCUCGAAUCAGUAAUUUGAAUAAAAAAAAGUUCUUUUAUAUAUUUUACGCUGUUUCAGAGAGUAUAUCUCUAAACAGCGUUAAUUUAGAAGAUUGUAUCUAUGGAACAUUUUGAUCUAAAGAUCUUUUAUUUUAACUAAUAAUAAGUUUUGUAACUAAAUGCAAGGAACUCAGAAUCUAUAUAAAAUAAGAACAAAAUGUUUUACCAUUGACACUAAUUUAUUCUUGAACGUAGACAAAUGAAUUAAUGUAUAGUACAUCUGAUGAAAAAAGGAAAUCUUAUUCUUUUAAGUAAGAAACAGAUUUUCGAAUUUUUAGAAAAGAAGAAUUUAAGGCUCGGAGAUAAAUAUUUAGAAUAAUGAAAUAUAAUUAAAGUUGCAUAGACUCAAAAUUUCAAAAAGUUAUGGGCCAGUAACUGGUCUCUAUGAUUAAUCUGAAAUCAAUCGAUUAAAUUUAUAAAUUACCAACUGUAAAACUGAAUUAGGGACUUAUUGUCCCUAAUCCAUAUUUUUAAUUAUUUCAAUUAAAAAAUUACCUAAGGCUUCUGUUUACCCACUGUAGCCAUCUUAGAACGAUGUUAUCACAAGUGAGAAAAUUAUACCUGAAAAUUCUUGCAACACAAAAUAAUAAUUAUCCUGAUUGAGAUAACAUUUUUCGGUAACAAAUUCUUUACAGUUUUUCAGGAUUAAAGGGAAUCGUAGGGAUACUUGUAAGCAUCAAACAAUAAUUAAAUUGAUUAACAAUUUAAUUCCGUUAUAUUACCAUUAGAGGUGUUCCUUAAAAAGCUAUGUUCGGAAAACAUUCGGCGCGCAGUUUGAAGAGUUUUGUAAAUGUUUAUAAAUUUACCUAAAAAAUUAUCGAGUACUAAUACCCGUAUUCAUAGUCCCUUCUUGAAAAAUAAGGAUUUUUUCUUUCUGUCUGUUUAUGUUUUGCAUGGGAUAAAUCGUAGUACGUGAGACAAAGACAGGCAAUAACAAAGAAUCCUCGUUUCUCAAAGAAGAACUAUGAAUACGGUCUUAAAAACUGUUUUUGUCCAGUAAUGCUAUUUUUCGUUAUUUAUUUUGUUAAAAUAAAAAUGUUUUUUUUUUAAUUGUUUUUGUAAUAGAUAGUAAGACUUGUAAAAUAUAUCAAAAACUUUCCUUUCGUUUGAAUGAUCAAUAAAUAACCUAUAUGGUUAUUAUACAAUUACAUUUACAGCUGCUUCAUUAAAAUAAUUAUAAAAAUAAAAAAUACUGCAUUACAAUGAAAAAUCAAGCUGUACGUUACAAGAAUAAUUUAAUUUUUUGAGAUAAAAUUGUGUAAUUUUUUUUUUAUCAUACACACUUUGAAUUGAAUCGCAACUGUUAACACAGACUUAGCAAUCAAGCCAGCAGGAGUUUUAUUUAUUAAAAUAUUAUACUUUACGCAAAUAAAUUGAUUAAAGAAAUAGAAGUAGAAAAUGGACAAGAAGAACAAUAUGGUCAAUUUUGCAUUCUGCAGUUGGCUAUUUUUAAAUUUAAUCAGCCAAUCAAGCUAAUCAAAUGGUGAGAUCAGCCUUACAAGAUAAGUCAGCUGAUCUUAUGAAAGCUGUCUUCUCCUUGGUGAGUUUCCCAAAACUAAUUUCAUCAAAAAAUUUCACCACCUCCCCCCCUCCCUCCGCCUUCCCCACACAAAAGUAAAAGUAACGUGUAGACUAGAUUCUCUAUUUCCAAGAAAAUGACAGAAGUUCAUCGGUGAGACAGCGCAAAGUCCGGCGCUUUCUUUGUUCCUAAUUAUGCCUGCAGGAUCAAUCCCCAUAAUCCUCGGCGGUCGGGCUGAGAUGAUAGGGCCAGCCGCGACGGCGGCCGUGGCGGCAAAAAGUGGUAGGUGAGGUGGAAGGGAGAAAACGUGGCCGAACGCGAACGAAGUUGCCCGAAUGCCUGCAUCUGCAUCGCGCAAGCACUGGCAGUACGAACACUUCAGUCAACUGAGGCAACUUCAGUCGGCCGUCGACCAUUGAUGUGAAUGGGUUUUUGUAGGAUGUCGCGUGUCGCGAUCAUGUGACCUCGCCGUUGCGAGUGUAUACACGAAUUAUACAUUAUUAUUAUUAUUUAUCCGUAGUAUGCAAAAUAAAAUGUGAAUGCCAUCGACAUUGAAAAUGGUGCUACGCAUCGUGGUGCUCAUCCUUUCGGCAGCGUCGAUCCGAGGAUGGGGCAUCAACCACGCGCAUCCUGGGACCGGUGCCAAAUGCGAACGACUGAACGUGUCCUUCUGCCGGGGAUUACGUUAUAAUCUGACGGCGAUGCCAAAUUUCAUGGGUCACGAAGAUCAGCGGCAAGCAGAACGAGGGUUGGCUGCCUUCAUGCCAUUGGUCCACUACAACUGUUCGAGACAUCUCAGGCUCUUCUUAUGCGCUGUCUUCGCCCCAGUCUGCUCGGAGCAUGUGGCCAUACCGGCCUGCAAGUCUCUCUGCCUUUCCGUAAGAAGAGACUGCGAGCCGGCCUUAACCAGCCUCACGCUGCCGUGGCCGCACAUGCUGGAUUGUGAUCGCUUCCUUGAUCGCGGAAAUACAUUGUGCGUGCAACCGCCGGAGGAAACAUUGGAUGACACUAGUUCACCGAUACUGCCAACUGUUCAGCAGCAGUGGCCGAUGAUACACGAACAAUCACUGAAAAUUUCUACUCGAUUACAACAGCAACAGCAUCAUCAUCAAUGUCCUCCUCAUUUCGUGCAGAUACCCGAUAUGGAAAUGAUUUCUUGCGCACCACGUUGCGGUACCGAUGCGUAUUAUCGCGCGGAAGACAAAAAAUUCGCCGAGCGUUGGAUGACUGGCUGGGCAUGGUUAUGUUUCCUGUCAACACUCUUCACGCUAUUGACAUUCUGGGUAGAACCGUGCAGAUUUCGUUAUCCCGAGAGGCCGAUCAUUUUCCUAGCACUCUGUUACAAUCUCCUUUCCGUAGCUUACAUCGUUCGCGGUGUGGUUGGUGCUGAAAAUCUCAGCUGCAUCAGUCAGAUUGAUGGACCGAGUUACGUUCCAGUUCGUGAUGCUUUGAAGAGCAUUCCCUGCACAAUUUGGUGGCUGAUUAGGUACUAUCUAGGACUGGCCAGCAAUAUGUGGUGGACGGUGCUGUGCGGUUGUUGGCUGCUGAGCGCCAGGAACGAAUGGAGCAGCGAAGCUCUUCACAACAUAGCACCCUAUCUUCAUGCGACCGCAUGGAUUCUCCCAAUAUUUUUUACAGGAGGAAGUUUACUGUCGCGGAACGUAGUAGCAGACGAGUUGACUGGACUAUGCCAGAUUUCUGACGAGACGGCGCUAUGGCUAGAAGUGCUACCGCACACCGUGCUGCUAUUGUUGGGCUGUGUAUUUGGCAGCGUCGCUGGAAAUGCGUUAAUCCGCGUGCGUAGAGCUGUGCGCUGCGCCGGCCGCAGUGCAACGAAACUAGAGCGCCUGAUGACGCGGCUGGGUAUCUUCGCGCUUUUGUACGCACUGCCGGCGCUGGGCGGCCUUGUUUGCGUACUGCACGAGGCCUCCGUGAGGCCGCGAUGGCAAAAACUGGCGCUGCUGGCCGCACUGGACUGCCGCGCGGCACAGAAUUGCGCCCCGGGCCCGGUGUACCGAGCCGCCGGUCUCGAAGUUGCCCUUCUCAGGCUCUUCCUGUCCCUCAUGGUUGGCGUCACCUCCGGUAUGUGGGUAUGGUCCGGUAAGACCUGCCGUGCCUGGAGCAGAUUGCUCGCUACGCCCAGCAAACCCGUCAGGAUACAAAAUCCUUUUCAAGGCUUCAAGCAGAACGAUAACAUUGCUUAACAAUCUUGGGUCUAUCCUAUUCACACAAUAGAUAAUGAAGUCUAGAAGAUGUUGAAGUUCUUUCAAAUAUUGUGGAUAUGCUUUAAGUAUUUUAGACUUAGAACCGAGCAAAAGGGGAUUGCAAUAGCCCAUAAAAUACACUUUAUCCAAAGGACGUCCUGAGAACGACUUUAGGACGUAUGAAUAUCCUUAGAAUGUCCUGCCAAUGUCUUUAGAAGGUCUGUGCUGCACCGUAUCAAAUCUUCCAAUGAUAAGGAGCCCCGAAAUUUCGGUUAUUGUUCUUAUUACCAUUCUAAAUUAAUUUCUAUUUAAUUUUGUGUCCAAAUUACAUAUACAGAAUGUCCCGAAUUUAAAUGUUAAUUUCGGGAGCGUAUAAGGGAUAAUCAAUAAAUUAAGAAAAAAUGCUCUUUAGAGAUAUGUUCGUUUUUGCUUCGUUUUGGAGAAAAUUUCUUUAUAUCCCCUAUCACUCCCGAAGUUUUGACAUUUAAAUUCGGGAUACCCUCUAUAAUAUAUAAAUUAAGUAAAGUCAAUUUAAGUAAAUUUUUAUUGCCAUACUUAACUAUCUACGGUAAGAUAUAUAACAUAUAUAAUUUGACGAUUAUUUAACGAGCAAUUAUUAAUUGAAUAUAUUGACAUCAAUCAAGUGCAUAAUUGAAUAUGUUGACAUCGUUCAAGUACUGUGUACUCAGAUAGCUAUUCUUUGACACAAAAAGAGAAAUUGUUACUACAAGUUUCCUUUCGAUUCGAAUCACGUUCCUAAUAAUAAAGAUAUCUUAUAGGGAUAACUUGAAGGCAACCGGGAAACUGUUUCACAGGAAACUAAAGGACAACAAUGUGCGAAACUUAUUAAUAUAAAAUUUCCAAUAACUUGUUAUAAAUAAUUGCGCACAAUCACACAUGGCAUACAUUGCCAAUAGUGAAUCUUAAUGAAAUGGGAAGCCAGUUUUUCAAUAAAUAGAGCAACUCAGGCAAUGCACUUUCAUUGAUAGUAACAUUCGGUAAACUUGCUAUCUGAUAAUAAGUAUAAUGAAGAAAUAGAGAGUUGUAAUAAAUGAUUUUUUUAUUACUUUUCAAAUUUUAAUUCUUUAAAUGCGAAGAACGUAUAUGCCCUAAGAAAGUAAUUGCUCAUUUACAAAAAGCAUGUGUUUGUGUACGCAAAUGAACAGAUAAGGGGCUCCACAUCUUUAUCUUUACACCAGAAUCCCGAAAGUUCUUUGCACAGCCGUGCUUUAAAUGUUUCCUCGACAUUAGGAUAUUUUGUGAAAGGUUAAUUAGAAUAUUAAUGCGUAUUAUUGUGAUUUUUUUAUUUAUCUGUCGGAUCAUAUUAUAAUGUGUGGGGUAAGUGCUAAGAGCGGUCUAUUGUACUUGUAUUGGAUUGUUACGUAAGUUCAUUCAAAUUUUGGCGCACUCAUUUUGACGCCUGGUGAGAAAGAAAAGGUUACAUGGAAGAAAAUGCAUUGUUAACCCUGCUUGUAUUUUAAAGUUGUGGCUAUAUUUUAGUGUACAGUUUUCUUUAAUUUAGCGAUUUAAUUAGUGAGUUUUGUAUAAUAUAAAAUGGAGAAACACAACGAGCACUUUUAUGCUGUAUUAUUUCUGAUAAAGAAAAAACGUGACGCCAAGCAGCCGAAAAGAUAUGCAAUAAGAUGGCAUUAUGAAAUUGCUUAAAUGUUGGGCCAAAGUGAUAGAAAAUAAUAGAUAGUGCAUUUGUUAACAAAAACUUUAGAAAUAUGUUUCAUUGAAAAAAAAAGAUUAAAAAAACCGAACGAACUUACGUAAUACUCAAUAAAUUGUCCAUUAACCACAUUACCUCUCGUGAGUAAGUAGAACAAAAUGAACUGAACAGAAAAGUCUUGUUUUAUGGAUUUCGAAAUAAUUAAUGAGAUAUUAAUUAAUAAAAGUCUGCAAAUAAGCGGAUCUCGCAUGUCCGCGAAAAAAGAUGGCUCACAAAAUUAGUGCAGCACAUGCUAUAUUGUUACUACACGCGAAGAAAUGUUUGGAAGUAUGUAUGUAUGUACACUACGUAUGUAUGUAUAUCCAUACAUACAUAUGUUCUAUGAAAAGCACAAUUAAUAGUUACGCCACUCCUGCAUAACCAUGGCAAUGUUUAUAAACAACUGCCUAGUAACGUUAGACGUUAGGCGCAGGUCAUAAUAUUUUGCUAUUUACUUGCAUUUGCUUGUAGGCCAAAGGCGCUUAUUUAGUAAUCUUUAAUUAUUAAUAUCUUAUUCAUUAUUUCAAAGUUCGUGAACGAUAACUUUUCUACUUACAAGAAGAGCUAGCGAAAAAUAUAAAUCGUAACCAAACUUUAAUAGUUUAUAGGAGAAGAUCUCCUGAGUGCAUACAUAAAAUAUUAAGUGUUUUCUUUGUCAAUUUAAUUCACUCUACCUGUUCACGAGAAGUACAGUUAUUAUCAGAUAUCCUCUGUGUGUGUAUGUGUGUGUGUAUGCGUGUGCAUGUGUGUGUACGUGUGUGUAUAAAGAAAACACAUAGUUACUUUUCAAGAAUUUUAUACUUGUUUGUAAUAUACAUUUACGUAUGUUUUUUUUAAUAUAUCUUUUAUAUACAAUUGAUUCAUCUCAUUCUGUGCACAAAGAGAUUAAAGUACAAUUAUGAAAAACUGAAUAAUUUAUGAGAUAUUUUAUACUUUAUGUCGAAAUAUGUUACAAUAAACCCCAUAAGCACACAA